CCCAUCACACUGAUUUCCACAGCUGCGGAAAGUGGCUGGGCCUCCCCAGCUUCUUGGAAAAUACCUUACAUAUGGAGAAGAUAGGAAAAGCACUUUGGAUCCCUGGGCAAGACUGAGGCCUUAUUCGAGGUCUUCUGACGGAUUUCUUGAGCACUACCUUGCUCCUCAGUGAACAACAGGUAAACGGUUGCAGGAAUGGGUUUCUGUUAUCCUUUGCAUAAUCUUGGUCACAGUUGACUUUCUGCUCCUGUUAAUCCAUUUUUCAGCAAAUCAUCUUCAUAAAAUAAUAGCAGGUGUAGGACAAAGAUGGUUUGCAUGAAGAAUUUAUUUACUGCGAAGGGGAGUUUGUUUACAUGGUAGCUAAGGAGGACAAUGCAAAGAAUUGAUGAGGGAAAAGUAACGGUUGCUGGAAUUAUUACAGCUGAUUUUGCCUCAGGCAUGGUUCACUGGGGAGCUGAUACCUGGGGUUCCGUUGAUAUCCCUGUGGUUGGCAAGGCAUUUAUCAGGCCAUUUAGAUAGCAUCUUAUUGAUCCAACAGCAAUAACCAGACAUGACUUCAUUGAGACCAAUGGAGAUAACUGUUUGAUAACCAUAAUUCCACUGGUCUUCAUGUUACAUAAAUUCCUUUCUCAAACACCAGAAUAUAUACAUGAGACAUAUGCUUGGGAGUGCUUUGUGUUUGCACUAGCUAUUUUUGUCACAAUGACUAAUCAUAAGUGGUCCCAUUCCUACUUUGGGCUGCCUCUGUGGGUCACCGUUUUGCAAGAUCUGCACAUCAUUUUACCGAGGAACCACCACAGAAUCCAUCACGUAGCACCCCAUGAAACCUAUUUUUGCAUCACUACAGGCUGGCUAAAUUACCCCUUGGACAGAAUAGGAUUUUGGAGGAAAAUGGAAAAUAUUACAGAAGCAUUAACAGGUCAGAAACCUCGAACUGAUGAUUUACAGUGGGCAUGGAAGAUGCAAUAACGCAUUCUUAAAAAAAAACAAAAAAACUAAUAUGUCAUCUACAGGAAACAAGCAUCUCUUUAGCACAGUGGAUUUUGGCACAAUGUAUUAUGAAAACUUUGAAAUUCUGCAGAGCACGGUUUGCAGUGUCACAGAAGAAUUUGAUGAUUUGCCAGCUUGGAUAUCUUUAAGAGUUGAAACACAAUGAUAUUUUGAACAUACAAUCAUUGAAUGUAAUUGCUAAUCUUGAUUGGUUUUAAGAGACUAUUAUGCCUGAUGUUGUAUUUAUUAGGACGUGUGUGUAUCCUGUUACUGUACUUGGGUGGAUACUCACAAUGCAUCUGACUUCAUAAAUGUAUCCAGAAAAAAAAGAUAUUUGGCUUCAGUAUAAGUAAGAUACAUAAAUUGUCUUUGUGCCAUUGUUUCCUGAAGAGUUUGUAUUGUUUAAUUUGCAUGAUACAAUGUUUCAGGAUAGGGCUAAGGAUAUAAUUUGACUAGAUCUUUAUUUUUAAACAGCCAAA